UCGGACGGAGUCUCCAUCCAUUGAAACCGACCAACCGUUUCUCUUCCCCCAGAAUUGAGAAAAAAAAAAGGCCUCCGUCCUUUCCUGCUUAAUUAAUUUUUUAUAAUUAAUUCAAUGAGUUCAAAAAAUGAAGAAAUUAAUCACGGAGGGAGACAGUUUAAUCAUAAAUUGAUCAAAAUCAACGUCUCUCACGGUCCCUCCCACCUCGAACUCCAUGUCCCUGCUCAUUCAACUUUCGGGCAUGUUAAAAAGGUAAUCGAACAGCAAACCGGUUUGGAAUCGGAAAAGCAGAGGAUUUUGUUCAGAGGAAACGAAAAGGAGGACGGAGAGAAUUUGCAGGAGGCAGGCGUGAGGGAUAACUCCAAGAUUUUGGUUUUGGAGGACGUGGUGAGGAAGGAGAUGAAGGAAGUCGAGGACACAUCAACGGCGACAAUGCAGGAAAAUGUGGAGGAGGUGAAGGGAAACGAUAAGGAGAUGUCGAAGGCCUUUCGAGCUAUUGAAGAAACGAGGAAGGAGAUUGAUAAGCUUGCGGAAAGAGUGGGUGCUUUGGAAGUGGCUGUGAGUGGCGGGACUAGGGUUUCGGAGGAUGAAUUUGGUGUUUUUUCGGAGUUGCUCAUGAGGCAGUUGCUGAAAUUGGAUGCUAUUGAGGCGGAAGGGGAAGCACGGGUGCAGCGAAAGGCUGAGGUUCGUCGUGUCCAGAAUUUCCAUGAGAUAUUAGACAACCUGAAGGCAAGAAAUCCCAAGCCAUUGGGCAAUAGUGGCAAUGUGUCAGUGACAACUGAGUGGGAGACCUUCGACUCUGGAUCGGGAAGCUCAAGUCCCCCAUCCUCAAUCCCAUCUUCAACAAGAAUUACUCAGGAUUGGGAAAGGCUUGAGUAGUUUACAACAACCUCCUUGAUUAUUCCAGUCUCCCGAAAUGUGUGAUAUAUAAUAUUUUACAUUUAGUAAACAUUGUAUCCUUGAUUUUGCUACUUAAUUAUAAGCUUUUUGUUUU